AUGACGAUACAGCCGGCGAACAGCAUCUCGUGGUCAGGUGGCGUGGCAGUGCCAGAUGAGCAGCUUGGAGUUCAGAAAUUGGAUGAGGCCAUGAACGUGCUGACAGAUUUGUUAGGCGAGCUCGAGUUGGAGUUCACAGAUGCGCCAAUUGCAACAAAGAAAGAUGCCAAGUCGACGGGGACGUUGGACACAGCACUCAGCGUUCUCCACCAGCAGCUGGCGGAACUGGAAAAUGACUUGCGGAAGCGCAGUCAGGUGGCGGAGUCGGUUUCACAAAGCCUCGAUCUAGCAAGCACUCAGCCAGCCAUCGUUCAGGAGACAUCGCAUCUCAAAGUAGGUGACAACCGGGAAAUUCUGGCCAAAGUGCUUCCGACUCCGCCGCCCCAGCCGGCAGCGAUUUGUCAAAGGUCACAAUCCCCCAGUGGCUGGACAUGGCGGCUUCCGCCCGGAACACAACAGUUCGUGCCAUCACCAAGGCAUAGCAUGACCAACAGCCCUGGCGCGCUGGCGGCGCGCCAACCGCGCGGUCAGGUGCUGAUGGUGCAACCGCAAGCGCAAGUGCCCCAAACCAUGCCUUUGCAGCGCAGUUCAACGCCUAUGGCGCCUAAGGAUGCCUGGUCCAAGCCAGUGAGCCCUGCGCAAGCCAUGGCCAACGCAGCUAUCUCUGCAACGGCCAAUCUGGCACCCACAGCGCCAGCGACCGCUCCUGUACUUGGUAGGGCCCUCAGCCCAGCACCAGGAGUGGGAGCAAGGCCGACGCCUUUGCCCUUCGUUCCGGCGUCGUGCUGUUGGAGAUCACCCUCCGAAGGCCGAGUACCUGGAGCCUUUGGCAUUCGUCCUGACGCUCAGUCGCCCAUGAGGAGGAGGCAAGAGGAGAUGCCAUCACCUGCGAGUCGGCAAGGCUUCAGGUCACCCUCACCACGGCAGAGCGGCCGCGGUGGCACCCCAGGCUUCGGCACGACGACGACCUCCCCAUGUAACAUCUCCAGAGCUGGACGCUCGCCCUCAGAGGGCCGCGUGACCUAUGGAGGCAGCGUGCCUCGGGGUGCCUGGGCCCGUGGAGAUCCUCGUUCAUCCUUCAGGAGAGAGGCUACUACUGGCGCACAUUCCUUCAAUCUUUGUCAAUCCGCUUCCAUGACCAGUAGCCAUCCAUCCUUCUGCGCAUCUCAAAGUGUCAUGGGAGGCGGAGGCUUCAACACCGCACCAGCACCAGCUGCUUCCUAUAUCGUGGAUCUUGCGGAUCCCAUCGAUCAGAUGCUUGGUAACGCCCUGCGCUCACUGGACGCGGCAGCAGCCUCCAAGCUCAUGCUCCGGCGGCUGGCUCCGGGACGCUAUGAGAUCGACGGUCGGAAGGUCACCGUGCGCUGGUCGGAGCAGGGGGCAGGCCUGGUGGCGAUUGAAGACGAGGUCUUGGACCCUCGUGGCUCCGCCAUGCCGUUGAGGGCAUAUCUGGGGCAGGCGGGCAACGUGGUCGCCUCCCUGAGUGGACAACGGGCUGACAUGCCCAAGAUUGCGCGCGUUCCAAAGAGUCAGCGGCUCACAUUUGACGACAAGCAGGCCGAGAAGAAUUUGGCGGCACAAAUCGAGAAGUUGGGUAGUGAGCGCUGUGAGUCCAUGCGUCUGGCAGUGGAACAAGCGAGACUUCGGGAAGAAGCGGCCGAAGCAUAUGAGAAGCUGACGCAGGGUUUCGCGCCCUCACGCAUCCUGGCGCCGUCCCCGCCGGCGAACCGCAUGAGUCUCUGA